UUUUGAGUUAAAAUUUAAAUUCAAAAUAAUAUGUGAGUUUAAAAUAGUAUAUGUCCUAUCAGUAAAAAAUCGAAUAAAACCUUGCAGCAGUGUUUAUUGUUCUUAACCCAUAUAAUAUUUUUUAUGAGCGAUGAUUUUAUAAUAUUGUAAAAUUAAUUUAAAACACUAUUUCAAACCUGACAUUUUGACAAUCAAACGCUUUUUUUAUUUUUAUUUUUGAUAAAUUAAUUAUUAAUCCUCAAGUCCCAAAAGUUUUUUCCAAUUACGAAAUACAGUCAUAAUAAAUCUUAACGGUGAGGCAAUUUAAUAUAAAAAAUUUUUAAGUAGGGAUAGCAGUAUAUAAACUUUUUUUCUGUGAGUUGACACCAGUUUAGUUUUUGAUCUCGAACUAUAAAAGUCUCAAACUAAAAUACAAAAAAAAUCGAGAUGAAAUACGUUUUCUGCAUUGUUGUGUUGGCUCUUUGCGCCAUUAGCGUGUCACAAGGCGCUACAGGGUACGGACGUUGCAAACCAGAAGAAACGGAGAAUCAGUGUCGUGAGAGAGAGCUUAAGGAAAAUAAAGAAAACUGUAUUGAUAUUUCAGUUGUUGGCAAAUACGUUCAAUAUUCAUCAUGCUUCAAUGUUAAUUGUGGUGAAAAUUUGAGGGAAACCCCGGUGGACCUAAGCAAACCUUAUCCAGGUUGCUGCUCAAAGUGCGAAAUCAUCGAUCCAAGCUUGCCAACAGGAGGAUACAGCAUAACCGGUUAAAAACACUUAUUAUUGUUUUAA